AUGAUAAUAGUAAGUACGCAGUAUAACAUUGAUGAAAAAAAAGUUAAACAUUAAAACGGUGAGUAAAAUAUGAGGUAACCAAAUAAUCUUAAUGAGCUAUUUCCUAUACCUAGAGAGCAUUCUUUAAACUAAAAAACUCCUAUAGUUCUAAAUGUUUGUGAUUAAGAUGCUAAUUAUUAAAAAUAACUUGAUUAAUCUGGAGAAAUAGCCAAAAUAAAUUAAUAACUGGAAAAAAUUAUUUUAGAAAAGUAAUAGCAAAGAAUUUAAUUUUAAAAAUUGGUUUAAGAUUAAUAGAAUUAAUUUGAAAAAGAAAAAUUAAUUUUCAAAAAUAAAAUAAAAGAAUUGAAACUUAAAAAUAAAAUGUUGGAAAUGGAAAGCUAGUAUCUUAAAAAUUAGCAAAACAAUCUUCCUAAUAAUAUGAAUUAAAAUUGA